ACGCCGCUGGCAGAGAUCUGCAGACCAGCACCACUGUAUGCGCUUGAAUCUUAUUCCGGUGAAGAACGUGCCUUCACUUGUAUCAUUCAAUAUUAUAAUAUUAACGGCGUAUUGGCCUUAAUGCCAAGCACCUCAUCUCAUCCAGGAAUUGGGCUGGGUGGCGGGACAAAUCCUACAAAGGAUGUCACAAUGCCAUCCUACCGCUUUCAAUCAUAGACGAAGAUGACAGUAUAUGUGUAUUUCUAUCUUGUGCUCUGCGAUAUAACUGUUCAGAAACGCCUUCUGCUUCAACUAGGGAAGGCAAAACCUUCCUCCGCGCAGACACGCACAGACACUUACAACGAGCUCUUUAGUGUCCAUACGUUGCCAGCAAAUCUCGAAAUGUCAUCCACCCGCUUUCCUCCUGUUGCUCCCAAAGACCUAUCCCCAGCCCAGAAGUCCCUCUAUGACGAGAUUCAGCGGAUCAUCGGCGACAAAUUCAGCACCGUCGUGAGCCACACAGCUGAAGGGGCCCUUCUCGGACCCUGGAAUUUCCUAAUCCACCAUCCGACUAUAGGCAAGGCACUGGUACCUCUCACUCAAGCCCUCCUGGUCCGGCCGGGCCAUCUGUCCCGUCCCGUGCGAGAAGUCGCCAUCCUGGCCGUCGGCGCCCACUAUCGAGCUGCUUAUGAGAUCUAUGCCCACACCCUCUUGGCUACGCCGCUUCUAGGAAUCGACACGGUGGCGGCUACUCUCGAUAGUCGAGUCCCGCCCAAACUAGACUCGGACGCGUUAUGCGCCUUGGAGGUGACUCGCUCGCUUCUUGCGGGUGGGCCACUGCCGGACCCUCUCUGGGAUAGGGCUGUCAAGGAGUUUGGGGUGGAAGGGGCGCAGGAACUUGUCUUCCUGGUGGGCUAUUACUGUCUGGUCUCCGUGGGGUUGAACGGGUUUGGGGUGCAGGUGCCUUCUACACGCUCAGCGAAACUGUGAUCGUGGAGAUUAUAAUUAGGGGUACAACUUCGACGCAUCGCAUUCUGCAAUCUGGAUAACAGAGACGUUUUUCUCGACGCAAUAGGCCAUCGUACAGCUGGAGGAAAUCCCGUACAAGUUAACACUACAGAUUAUGAUCGUUGCAACGUAAUAGAGAUCUUGAUCAUAGGUGCUUGAAGGCUGAAGGUUUUCCGGAAGCAUGAUCUAUCUUGAAGCGUUGAAAUCAGAACUCAACCAUAGUUGAAAAACGCAGAUCGGAAGUUCCCUGCAAC